GAAGUUAAGUGAGGGGAUAAGACGCUAUCAGUUAUGAUGUCACAUGACGCAUCUCCCACUGUCGAGCAAUAUAAUCAAUUGGGAGAACAGGAUUCUAACAGUCGUUUGCAGAAAUUGUCCCUGAAAACAAGCAACUGUAAUUUGAAAGUGAUUGUCAUUAGUCCAAGUGAAAACUCCGCAGUCCAUACGUACUACUGACCUAAUAAAGCGUAAUGUCGAACUGGCAACAAUAGGAAAACGUAACAACGUUCCUCUUCGACCGUGCAAUCAAUCAAACUAACAGUGAUGGAGCUUUCUACUUUGCUUCUGGGUAUUCUCGCAAUAUGCAUUUGUAUGUAUUAUUUUAUUCUGAGUCAAAUGUCCUAUUUUGACCAACGGAAAGUUCCAUAUAAACGACCAGUACCAUUACUGGGCAACAUGGCGCCCUUUAUUUUUCGACGUAUAAGUUUCGCGGGUCAUGUGCACAGACUAUACAAUCAUUUCUCGAAUGCGAGAUACUUCGGAUUCUAUGACAUGAUGACACCAGUAUACGUGAUACGUGAUCCAGAACUCAUUAACACCAUCGCCAUUAAACAUUUCGACAAUUUUACGGAUCAUCGCAACUUUGUAAACGAAGAUGUGGAAUCGAUUGCCGGAAGGAACCUAUUUGGUUCACGGGGUGAUCACUGGCGCGAGAUGCGAAAGCUUCUCAGUCCUAGCUUUACAUCCAGCAAGAUGAAAAUGAUGUUCGUUCUAAUGUGUCAGUGCGCCGAGAACUUCACUGAUUUUGUUACAAAUGAAUGUGGAAAAUCCGGCAAGACAUAUGACAUGAAGGACACGUUCAGCAGAUACGCUACCGAUGUAAUAGCCACAUGUGCUUUCGGCAUCAGCGUGGAUUCUUUCAACCAACCAAAGAACGAGUUCUUCUUACUUGGUAAUAAAGCUCUAAUCUUUGAUUCUAAAGUGACAUUAAAGUUUCUCAUGAGCAGAAAUUGGCCACGACUUGCAAAACUUCUCAGAAUUAGAGUGUUUAGCGCUGAGAUAGAACACUUCUUCAAAAACAUCGUCAAUGAUACUGUAAAAGUCAGGGACGAGCAGGGAAUUGUUCGACCAGAUAUGAUACAGCUGAUGAUGGAGACAAGAGACAAGAAUUAUGGGCCUACAUUUGACAUUGACGAAAUGACCGCUCAAGCGUUUGUCUUCUUUCUUGGUGGAUUCGAUUCUGUAUCGGCGGUUAUGUGUUUCUUAGCACAUGAGAUCGCAGUAAAUCCUGAUGUUCAGACCAAACUUAGAGCCGAAAUUGAAGAUGUCCUUAAACAAAACAAUGGCAAACCUACUUACGAGGCCAUUAAUGGCAUGAAGUAUUUGGAUGCUGUUGUGACUGAAGUCAUGAGAUUGUAUUCAGUUGCACCAUUUCUCGAUAGAGUGUGCACUAAGGAUUUUGAAAUGCCACCUGCUACUCCGGAUGGCAAACCCGUCACGAUUAAGCCUGGAGAGAGUGUUUGGUUCCUGACUUAUUCUCUGCAUCGCGAUCCAACAUAUUACCCGGAGCCUCAUAAGUUUAAUCCAGACAGAUUCCUGAACAAGAGUGUAGACAGCUCAAUUUACAUUCCGUUCGGUAUUGGACCUAGAAUUUGCAUAGGGAACAGAUUUGCUUUGAUGGAAGCGAAAAUUAUGAUAUUCUACCUGCUAUGGCGUUGCGAUCUCGAACCAGAUGUAAAAACAAAAAUCCCGAUAGUGCUGGACAAAAAGACACUUACUCUUACAGCGGAUGGAGGUUUCUGGUUAAAAUUGCGGGCGAGAAAUCCGACUAUUUCUAUUACAUCAUGCUUAUCAAACGAAUACAACUCACACAUGAAAAACACAUAAAAUAUAUAUAUUUUACAAAUUUCUAUAAGACUUCCGAAAACUGUUUUUUUUUUGUACGCUAAUAUACAUUUGUACAUUACAUACGCAUAAUUAAAUAUUAAAUAUGUAUAAUUUAAUAUUUGGAAUAGCGAAAUAUAUGGUAUGACAUUUUGACAUAUGUAAUUGCGCAAAAUUUUAAUUGUAUUAUUGAUGAACUGUAAUCGCUUCAUGUGAAAAAAUUAUUGUAGCGUUGAUAUUUUCACACUAGAAUGUUUGUCUUGCAAUUAGAAUAUUCCAUAAAAUCUACCUAUAAAAUAUCCGGUGAUUUUGAGACACUGUCUAUCUCUAUUUAUAUAAUAUUUUUAGAUACUAUAUUCGUUUAGUAUUUAGUAUACAUAGGCGAUAUAAAUUGAUUAAUGAAUCUUUCUUAUAUUUUAUUGUAAAUGUUUAUUUUCUACAUUUUUGAAAAAUAAGAUAGACGAGAAAUAUAUUAAUAUUUUGUUAAACCUAUUUUAUUGUUAUAUUUAAUGUAUCUGAAUGUUUAUGUAACAGAUUAAAAAUGUGUAUUAUAAAUGUCCUUUUCACUCAUAAAAUUAUUGUUAUAAUUACUUAUAGCAUUAUAAGUACCGCUGUUUGUAUUGUGAGAAAAAUAUUAUUCUAUAAUGGUGAAAAUUGAAAA